AACCCACAGGAAGUAGCCUACUGGACCACCAUCACAGGAACAACAACAGAGUAAACAGACACGUUUAUUCUGUUUUUGGGACGAUAUCUCCACAAUUAUGAGAUGAGAAAGUCCAGUCAGUGCCUCGCUGGGACGGUGUGGCCCGUCUGUGAUGGUUUGAGCCGCUGUUAUAGGCACGAAUGAAGGCAGGCAUCCAUGUCCCACCAUGGAGAGGAGAAAAUAACCCCAAAAAGAAGGAAAAGAAGACGCUGCAUUGCUGAGGAAAUCUUCAGCCUCUAACUCCAAUCCGGACGGAAAACCGGAGAGUGCCCGAGGGGCGAGGGGCUGGUGUUCAGAAUGGCUUUCCUCGACAACCCUGCCAUCAUCCUGGCCCACAUCCGGCAGUCGCACGUGACCAGUGAUGACACCGGGAUGUGCGAGAUGGUCCUGAUCGACCACGACGUGGAUCUGGAGAAGUGCCAUUCGUCUGCGGCGUCCGCUGGUGGAGGCUCGUCCGGGGGUUCGUUUGGAGACGGCAGCGGUGGAGGAGACGGCCAGACCUGCGAUCUCUCUCAGUCUGUCGACAUCACCUCCAGCUGGGACUUUGGCAUCCGUCGGCGCUCCAACACAGCUCAAAGACUGGAGCGACUGAGGAAAGAACGACAGAACCAGAUCAAGUGCAAAAACAUCCAGUGGAAAGAGAGAAGCUCGUCUCAAUCAGCAGACGACUUGAGCUCACUUUUUGAAAAGAAGGACUUUAAGGACAGGCCCCGGAGCACAGGCAGUAAAUCCACCCUCUCGCUGCGGCUCGAACAGUGUCCUCAGCAGCUCAACAACCCCUUCAAUGAGUACUCCAAAUUUGAUGGCAAGGGCCAUGUUGGUACAACGGCAACCAAAAAAAUUGACGUCUACCUCUCAAUGCAGUCGACCCAAGAAAAGCUUCACCCCAUGACGGUGGUCACGAUGGCCAACGCUCGGGUCCACGAUCUUAUCGGGCUCAUCUGCUGGCAGUACACCAGUGAGGGCCGCGAACCCAAACUCACUGAAAACGUCAACACUUACUGCCUCCACAUCGCUGAGGAUGACGGCGAGGUGGACACAGAUUUCCCUCCGCUGGACUCCAACGAGCCCAUACACAAGUUUGGCUUCAGCACGCUGGCUCUGGUUGAGAAGUAUUCCUCUCCUGGACUGGGGCCCAAACAGUCACUCUUUGUUCGAAUAAACGCCGCUCAUGGUUUCUCCCUGAUCCCAGUGGACAGCCAGAAAGUGACCAUGAAGGAUAUUCUGCAGAAGGCCCUCAAAAAGAGGAAGGGCUCCCAGAAAGGAUCAGGCCCCAUGUAUCGACUGGAGAAGCAGACCGAACCGAAUGUGGCGGUGGAUUUGGACAGUACGCUGGAGAUCCAAGGAACCAUGGAGUUCUGCCUGGUCCGAGAAAACAGUUCUCGGGGCGAGGAGACCUCCGAGGAAGACCCACCUAUAGACAUCACUACGGUACAAGACAUGUUGAGCAGCCACUACUACAAGUCCUUCAAGAUCAGCAUGAUCCACAAGCUCCGCUUCACCACAGACGUGCAGCUAGGAAUUUCUGGUGAAAAGGUUGAGAUUGAUCCUGUCACCAAUCAGAAGACAAGCACAAAGUUCUGGAUCCGACAGAAGCCGAUCUCCAUCGACUCGGAUCUGCUGUGUGCCUGUGACCUGGUGGAGGAAAAGAGUCCAAGUCAUGCAAUAUUUAAGCUCACAUAUCUAAGUAACCACGAUUACAAAGCCCUGUACUUCGAGUGUGAUGCUGCUACUGUCAAUGAGAUUGUGCUCAAGGUGAACUACAUCCUUGAAUCCCGUGCCAGCACGUCAAGGGCAGAAUACUUCGCCCAGAAACAACGCAAACUGAACCGUCGCACGAGUUUUAGUUUCCAGAAGGACAAAAAGUCGGGCCAGUAGAGCUGACACCGAACCAAACGGCUUGUGUGAACGGAGGCAAAGAGAUAGACAGGAAAAUAUAAAGAAUAGAAGGAUAGCCAGAAGUUUUGAUGAAAAUAUGAGACGGAUGUCGAAAUCAGCCUCUCAAUGUCGGCCUUUUAUGAACUGACGGUCCUUAAUCAUAUCAGAGCACUAAUGCUCUCUGCUGUCACUCGAAUGUACUAGCAAAACCAACCAACAAUCGAAUUAAACAACUGAUUAACAUUUGAAGCCACAGCCAUCGCCCAGACCCGACAAAACCACCGUCUGGACUCUGUAUGCCACGGACCGAGAACUUGCUGCUGUUUGCGUCAAAGACUUCCUUCCACUGCCUCCAAACCCACUGUACAUAAACACGCACCAAACGAACGCAGUCGGAAACUUACAAGCCAGAAAGAGCAAGCGAACCGUAUUAGCUGUAUCAAAAAGGUUAACUUAAACCGCAUCGGACACUGACACGUAAAGGGAUCGCAGUUGGUUUAGUUUUUUUACGAAAUUGUAAAUAGGAAACGCAUUCAGGGUCUGACGACAAACCCUCUCUGGCCAUAGUACUUCAGUGCCUGCUACAGAUCAACAGGACGAAUGCGUUCUUCGAGGUUUUAAGCAUUGGCUGGUUUUUUUUUUUACCACCAGAGGAGGUUAACAGGUUAAGGAAUGACUGGUUUUUAAUGAUCAAAUAUGAAAUUAAUAACUACUUUUUACUGUGACGUGUUUUUCCCCUCUGAUUGCAUAUGCAUAUAAAUAUAUAUUAUAACGAACCAAUCGCCGUCUGUCUGUUUUCGACGGAUGUUUUGGUUUAUUCGGACUGUCCUCUUGGGCUGCAAUGGGAAUGUAUGAUCUUCUCGUCUCUGCCACAUUUUUUAUUUAUAAAUGUUAAAGAUUAAACAUUAUUAUACUAGGUUCGUUUCAUCCGUCUCGAGCUGAAACUCUCGCUCUAUAACUCCACUUCAAACGCUGCUGUUUUUAAACUGGAUUCAGGGUGUUCCUUCUUUCCAAAACUGUUCUGACUCAGGUUUCCGACUGCCAUGUUGUCUUGACUGAUCUUGUUUUGUUUUUUUACGUCUGUCAAAGCCGGAGAGUGAUGACUGGUACUCCGCUCAGCGCUGACGGAUGGACAAAGAGAGCAUGUGUUUUCCUGUGACGGGAAUAACAGCUGAAUAGACAUUUCAAAAGAAACUUUAUUUAUAAUAUUCCGAUGACCUGGGGGGGGGGUAUCAUGCGGCCUAUGAAAUCAAUAUUUGCUACAGUACAUGUAUACUGUAUAUAAGUAGAUUUUCUAAUUAAAGAAUUGAACUGAAAAGAUA